GUCUCCGAGGCCCCGCCCCCGCCGUGUGUCCCUCUCCGAACCCGGUGGGCGCGCCCAGUCUAAUUUUCCAGGCUUGUCGCCCGGUGGUGUCUGCUCCGACGCCUGGCCCUGCGGUUGCCACCGGCCUUGCGCGUUCUCCCGUGGCGUUUGACAUUUAUCCCCAGCUUGGAGAGAGCACUGCUGUGCUGAACCGCAAUCCCGGACGCAGACAAUGGAGGCGGCGCUGUCAGUGGCCCGGCUGCCUCCACACGACCCGAGGACACCCCCACUGUCGGUAGUGGAUAUGCACACGGGCGGCGAGCCCUUGCGCAUCUUGCACGCCGGGUGUCCGGAGGUGUCCGGGCCCACGUUGCUGGCCAAGCGUCGCUACAUGCGUGAUCACCUCGACUACGUGCGACAGCGGCUGGUGUUCGAGCCCCGCGGCCACCGGGACAUGUACGGAGCGGUCCUGGUGCCGAGCGAGCUGCCCGACGCGCACCUGGGCGUCUUGUUCCUGCAUAACGAAGGCUACAGCUCUAUGUGCGGCCACGCGGUGCUGGCCCUGGGCCGCUUCGCCAUUGACUUCGGACUGGUGCCUGCUCCCCCAGACGGCGCCCGGGAGGCCCAGGUCAACAUCCACUGCCCGUGCGGGCUCGUGACCGCCUUCGUGGCAUGUGAAGGUGGCCGCAGUAGCGGCCCUGUGCGCUUCCACAGCGUCCCGGCCUUCGUCCUGGCCGCAGAUCUCACAGUGGACGUUCCUGGGCAUGGAAAGGUGGUGCUGGACAUCGCGUACGGUGGGGCAUUUUAUGCAUUUGUUAGUGCAGAAAAAUUAGGACUUGAUGUGUGUUCUGCAAAGACGAGGGACCUUGUGGAGGCAGCAAGCAUGGUGACAGAAGCAGUGAAAGCUCAGUUUAAAAUCAAGCAUCCUGAGAGUGAAGACCUUGGUUUUCUGUAUGGAACUAUUUUAACAGAUGGAAAAGAUGCAUACAGCGAGGAGCCCACCACCAACAUCUGCGUGUUUGCAGAUGAACAGGUCGACAGAAGCCCCACGGGCUCGGGAGUGACAGCUCGAAUUGCUCUGCAGUAUCAUAAGGGCCUUCUGCAGCUGGACCAGACCAGAACCUUCCAAAGCAGCGCAACUGGCUCCGUGUUCACGGGGUGUGCUGUGAGGGAAGGAAAGUGCGGGGACUUCAAAGCUGUCAUCGUGGAGGUUGCAGGACAAGCCCAUUACACGGGGACAGCAAGCCUGACAGUGGAAGACAACGACCCCUUGAGGGAUGGCUUUCUUCUCAAGUGACCUUGCCCAUGAGCUUUAAGGUUUUCCUUCUAAAGCAAUUACCUGUGAGUGGUGUUUCCUCUGUAUUAUAUGAAAAUCAGCAUCCAGUUACCCAUACAGGCUAAUUUUAUAAUUUCUAGAACAGUAUACUGAGGCUAAGUGCAAGGCAUUAUUCUCCCUGCUUGCAAACCUUUUGAGCCUAAAUAUCACUGAUGGGGCAUACAAAGUGCAAAAAAAUCAGAAACGUUUCAACCGUUAGUAUACAGGGCCAAAUUAAAACCUAGUUUCUUGAUCUACGCUGUGGAAAUGGCAGUUCUUUGUGUUAAAGUUUCUUUGGAUGAUAGCUUCAGUCAUAGACCACACAGCAAUAAACUUUGUGAGUCUGUUAUUUUAAUGCUCCAGUUUGAGCAAAAUUAAGGCCUCCAUAAGCAGCAUGUUGAGGAAGCAGGUUAUUACAAGGUUCUCAACACUUGGCAUAAAUAAUCCUGGAAAGAUGACCUGGAGUCAGCUUCUUUGACAGGCAUCGUUAUAGGGGCUACUGGGGUGUUGCCUUUGCUGCCGAGCCCCCAUCAUCUACACCUAGUGGUACCCAAGUGCCACAAAGACACUGACUGUGCUGCAAAGACCAACAGGUAACCAGAUUUUUUUGCCAUCCCUAGGAUGAUGCUUUUGGGUUAGGGAGUGGUGUUUUGUUUGUUGUGUGUUUGGAUGGUUGUUUUUCCUUUGUUUGGUUUAUUCAUUGGUUUUAAGUAUUGACUCUAGAAGCUCAUGCUACAUUGUUGAAAUACAGAUGGGAAGUGAAAAUUAAUCUCUGAACCUUUACAAUGAAAUGAAUCUCAUGUCCUAUCAGCUGAAACUUGACUUGUAAGUUCUUCACUGACGGGGUACUAACGAGGAAAGUCCAGAUCAGAGAUAAAGAAGAUAGAAAAGGUAGGCUUGGGGGGGGGGGGUCUUGCACAGGCCAUGUCUUUUGCCAAACAAGUUCUUUAAGAAGUACACCAUCGGCCGGGCGGUGGUGGCGCACGCCUUUAAUCCCAGCACUCGGGAGGCAGAGGCAGGCGGAUCUCUGAGUUCGAGGCCAGCCUGGUCUACAAAGGGAGUUCCAGGACAGGCUCCAAAGCUACAGAGAAACCCUGUCUCGAAAAACCAAAAAAAAAAAAAAAAAAAGAA